AUGGGUAAAGCUCAAUACUGCCACUUGAAGGACUGCUACGGUACCCCACCCCACUGCUGUACAGCAGGCUGUUCGAUGCAUGAGCAUCUGGAAGAUCGAGUUGCUCGCUCGUUAACGAGACAACACGGCGCCGCAGGCAGUAGCUUUCGCGAGCGCUCCCGCAGCAUUGGUCGUGCUUUCAGCAGCAGUGGUGGCGGUCGUGGCCGAGGUGGGACCGGCGGGGGAGGAGGCAGGGGCGCAGACAUGUCGGGCUGGUGGUAA